AUGCUCAAAGGACUCGUCUGGGACAUACAAAAUAGUCUCAACACGAACGCAGCAGUCCCACCAAAAAGAAUCCCAUGCUACGGUUCGACUCUCGCCGAGAAAUUGACGAAUCUCGCAGCUGAAGCAACCAAGAUCAUUGCAGAGUCACAGGAAGUGUCCAAUAGCAUCAGAAAGAUUCUACAAGAAGCUGACAACGAGGGCCUCCAAGGGGCUCAAAUGCUGGAAACCUUCCGCACUAUUGCCAUACUGGCCCACAGCCCUUCGAUCGGGAUCAACCGCCGUCUAGCCUCAACCAACAAAGUCGACAUAGAAAACAUCCAAGACACGCUCGAACACACAGUCAGACCCCUCGUCUCGGACCUUAUGCGACAGGUUUACGAGAAAAGCGUCUAUAACUCGGACGAAAUCGCAUUUUGGGCAAGAAUGAUGGAGCCAUUAGAAAGAGACUCGAUCUCCAAACCGGAUCUCCUCAAAUUGGAAGAGGGUGUGGCAUGGAUUCUCCUAAGACUCUGGGGAGAGCCGGCGGAGGCCAUCUUCAGAAUGAUUCUAGCGCAAUGUAAGCCCCCAGAAGAAUCGAACUCUCGGAUAUCGCCAAGACUCACAAUGGUGGCCCACAUUUGGAACUGCAGAUUCAAGAAGAUGCUCGGACGCCCGCCGGCGGAAAGACGAGCUUCUUUUGCAAACGAAAGGCAACUGUGUGCAACAAUAGCGAAUGCGAUCUUCGGAGAAAUCCAUUUCCAAUUGACCAACACCAGAUGCAUCUUCCCAAGACUCCUCUCGAGUGCAGCCAGAUCGGCCUGGACUCAUUUGAACACAAUCUUCGGGCCCGCGAACCCACUUAGCCUAACGCUCAGAAAUUUUCUAACGAACAUUGACGCGAAUCAAGAUUACACUGCGUGGGACGCGAUUGGCACGCUGCGCAAACUAUGGCCGCAUAGAGACGCAAUUCCAGAGGCACAAUACAAGACGCUGAACCUCAACGACAUCGAUAAUCGGCUAGAAAAAGGACUCGAAGAUCCGUCCUCACUCUACGGCACCACGUACGAGAAGCUCUUCUGGAAAAUUCCGAUCCCAAGAAGCUAUGAGUCUACCUACCCAGUCGCAGGACCCAAAAGAAAGAGACAAAAAACAGAAGACGAAGAGCUGGAAGGAAAUAGAGGCGGAAAUGAAGAUUCUCGCCAAUAA